AUGUCAAAAAAGUUAUCUGUCGACACGGUGGUAAGAGUUUAUGAGAAAGAUCGAUUUAAAAUUCCUCAUUUGAAAUUAUUACCACGAAUCAGACCCAAAAAAGAUUUCUUCGAAUAUACUAUUCUUCACUUGGCUCUUUAUGUACAUGACGACGAAUUCGUGGACUUCCUCCUGGAGAACAAUGCCAACACGGAGCUAAGGACAGAACAUUUGGGACCGGUAAUUUUAUCGGCGAUAAGUUUAAACCGUUUGAAGUACGUGAAGAAAUUAAUAGCAGCUGGUGCUGAUGUCAAUCAGAUUAUUUGUGCAAAAGACACAUAUGAGGAAUAUAAUGGUAGGCUUAAUGAUGAAGAUAAUUUUAAUUUUCAUCUUGAUUAUCAUGAAUAUACACCUCUAGAAUUUGCUGUCAAUCAUAAUGCAUAUGAGAUUGCUGAAUUUCUCAUCAGCCAGGGCGCUGAUGUUCAAGAAAGAGAUUUCAAUGGAGAGAGUACCGAUUCGCCGAUGGGUAUAGCUGCUUUGGCAAAUAACGUAGGAAUGUUAUGA